UGGGGAGGAGGUGAAGGGGGAGGGAAGAGGAGACACAGCGAGGGCUGCAAGAGUGGCCGGUGCUCGCCAUGGGCCCUCUGCAGCUCUGGCUGCUGCUGCUUCUGCUGAGCAGCGAUGUUCUCGCUGACGAAGAGGGGCCUGAGAACGGAAGUCCCAGCUGCUCAAAAGAGGCAACCAGGUUUAAGCACCUCAGAAAAUACAUUUACACCUAUGAAGCAGAAACCGCAAGUGGAGUGUCCGGAACCGCAGAUUCACGAAGUGGCUCCAAAAUGAACUGCAAGGUGGAACUGGAGGUCCCACAGCUGUGCAGCUUUAUCCUGAAGACAAGCCAGUGCACCCUGCGGGAGGUAUUUGGUACGGAUGCUGAGGGAAAGGCUAUGCUGAAAAAGUCUAAGAACUCAGAUGACUUUACCAGUGCUAUGUCCCAGCAUGAACUGAAAUUUAGCAUGCAGGAUGGGACAAAAGUCCAGCUGUACCCUGAGCAGCACGAGUCUGUGAAUAUUCUUAACAUCAAGAGGGGGAUCAUUUCAGCUCUUCUGGUGCCAAUGGAAACAGAAGACAAAACCAGAAUUGUUCCCAUGGAUACUGUCUAUGGAAAAUGUGACACUGAAGUUGAAGUCAGGACCAGAAAAGGAAGCAUAGCAACAGAUAUUUCAAUGAACAGAAACCUAAAAACCUGUGAUAACUUCAAUCCUGUUAGAGAACAUGUCAGCCCAAUUGCCCUUAUAAAGGGACUGGAUAGUCCCUUGUCAACCCUGAUCAAGAGCACUCAGUACUGUCAGUACUCUAUCGAUACCAAGAGACGGCAUGUGUCUGAAGUGGUGUGCAGUGAAAAACACCUGUUCCUGCCUUCCUCGUACAAAAAUCGGUAUGGAAUAAUGACACAAAUCACACAGACACUGAAGCUCGAAGACACCCCAAAGAUCAACAGCAGAACCUUUGAAGAAGAUGCACUGGAAAAGAGAGGACUUGCACUUGAAAAUUCGAAUGCUAAAUCUUCAAAGUUUGGAGAUUCUGUUCUGAAAACCCUUGAGGAACUGCAGAAGCUAUCCUCUUCCCAGAACAACCAGCAGAGACCAAGGCUUUUUUACAGAUUUGUAUCCGGUCUUAGAAGCUUACACAAUGACACGCUUGGUUCUCUUGUUCCAAAGAUGAUGGAAACUUCCAGUUCUAUCACGAUCCAGGCUCUGGCUCAGUGCGGUACCCUAGAGUGCUACAGUGCCAUCCUACAGAUACUGCGAAGUGGCCGUGUCAAUCCUCUUGUAGCAGACAUAGUUACCUACACCCUUGGAUUGGUGCCUUCUCCAUGUCCGCAAAGACUACGGGAAAUUCUUAACAUGGCCCAGUAUCUGCGAAGUCGAGCUUCUUUUUAUGCCUUAAGCCACACUGUUAAUGGAUUCUACAGAGAGAGGAAUAUUAUAACAGAAGAAGUGCAGGAUGUUGCAAAAUUCAUGGAAUCACUGCUUGGCAAUGAGUGCUCUGGAGAUAAUGAACUAGCCUACCUCACACUACGGGCUAUAGGAAACAUGGGCAAUGUCCUGGAAGAAGCUCAUCCAAGUCUGAAGUCUGCUGUUAGGACCUGCAUCCGAAGUGAAGCCGCAACACUUUCAGUUCAGAAAUCAGCCAUCCAGGCCUUGCGGAAAAUGACCCUUACAGAUGAGGACCAUGCAGUGCUGCUUACAAUUUUCCAAGAAGCUGAUGCUCCAGUUGAAAAACGUCUGGCAGCCUAUCUCAUGAUCAUGAAAAAUCCUUCCCAAUCUGAUCUUGUUCAAAUCGUGAAAACUGUCUCAAAGGACAAGAAUGAACAAGUGAAAAGUUUUGUCACCUCACACAUUACCAACAUUUUGGACUCUGAAGAAAUAGGCAUUGAAUUCCUGAAAACCAAAUUACAAGAAGCUUUUAAAGGAUUCCAGAUUCCAACAGCCAGGGAUUUCAAAAAGUUCUCACGGAAUUAUCAGAUUUCCAAAAAUGUGUCUCUGCCAGGAAAUAACUCUUUCUCUGCCAAAGUGGAAGGGAACCUCUUAUUUGAGCCAAACAAUGUUGUUCCUAAAGAAACCAUGUUAAAAACUACUUUGCAAGUGUAUGGGUUUAGUCCAAUGGAUAUCUUUGAGAUCGGCUUGGAUGGAAAGAACUUUGAGCCAACACUAGAAGCAUUGUUUGGACCCCAAGGGUUUUUCCCUGACGGCGCCAGCAAGGCUUUGUAUUGGAUCGAUGGCCGAGUUCCAGAGCAGGUUUCCAAGAUGCUCUUUGAUUAUUUUGGUUACCCCAGGAAAAACAUACAGGAACAGGAGCUGAUGACUGGACUAGCACGUAAUCUUGAAAAACUGAUAAAAGAUAUGGGAAACAAAGACUUCCCUGAAGCUAGAGCUUACCUCCAAAUACUCGGAGAAGAACUAGGGUACAUGAAACUCAAUGAUUUCAAGCUUCUUGGAAAUAUGCUUUUAAGGACCAUUAAAACUCUGCCAAGCAUUCCAGAAAAGAUUGUGCAAGCCAUCUCAAAAGGCACCGAGGCAGAUUUAUUUGUUCACUACAUGUUUAUGGACAAUGAAUUUGAGCUACCAACUGGAACAGGAUUUCAACUCCAGGUUGCUGUAUCUGGAAUUAUGACCCCUGGAGCCAAAGCUGGGAUGAAGAUUCACCAAAAGCAUAUGCAUGCAGAACUGAUUGCUAAACCCUCAAUGGGAAUUGAAUUUAUUAGUCAUGUGGGAAUAAACAUCCCAGUGUUUGCUAGAAGUGGUGUGCAAAUGAACUCCAUUAUCUACCAUGAGUCUGGAUUUGAAGCCCAUAUUGGCAUGAAAGCUGGACAGUUAAAAUUCAGCAUCCCUGCUCCAAAGACUCCAACCAAACUAUUCAGUAUCAGUAACACAUUACAUUUGGUUUCUCCAACCAAAACUGAAGAAAUUCCACCUCUGAUUGAGAACAGAGAGUCCCGGACAUCUUGCAAACCUCUCUUCACUGGUCUAAAUUACUGUACCAAGGUAGAAUACUCUAAUUCCAGUACCACAGAGGCAGCACCGUACUAUCCACUGACUGGAGACACCAGCUCAGAAACAGGCUUAUUGGGAAUCUGCCUGAUUUAUCUCUUUGGGAGGGUGAUAUUAUUUUUGCUUGCUUGUUUUUACAUCCUGUCUCCUAAAGCAGGGUAUCAUAAUAUAAGCUUAGUGAACAGACAAUUAAUGUUGCAUUUUUCAGGUGCUCCGGAUUGUGAGGCCACACUAACCUUCAGAUAUAACAGAGGCAAGAGGAUUUUGACUAGUGCUGUUCAAAUUCCAAAUUUUGAUGUUGAUUUUGGUACCAACUUCAGAGUCAAUGAUGAAUCCACUCCAGAGAGGAAAGCAUAUACUUUUAUCUUAGACCUCAACAACAAAAAGAUUCCUGAAGUUACUCUUACUGGUCGCGUAAGGUAUGAUGGGAAGGAAGACGCAAUGCUAGGAGGUGACAUUUCCAUUCCUCGCCUGCAAACUCAACUUAGAACGGAGACGUCGCUUCAUUUUUCAGCUAACAGAGCAUCUCUUCAGAUCAGCUCAUCUGCAACAGCCCAUGGGAACUCCAUUUCAGAAAGCAUUGUUUUCAAAUACAAUUCUGAGAAAGUUGAACUGGAGUGGCAUAUCGACACGAAUACUGCAGUGAAACAGAUGUCUUCCAGCUUCCCUGUUGACUUUGCAGAUUAUCCAAAGACUUUACGGAAGCAUGCCAAUGAGCUGCUGGACCAGAAAGUGGCUCAUACAGACAUGACGCUACGACACAUUGUCUCACAAUUCAUUAUGGCAACAAAUACCUGGCUGCAGAAGGCAUCCAAAGAUGUUCCUUAUGCUCAGACUCUAAAGAAUAAACUCAGUGGACUUCAGGAACUUAACUUUCAGAAAAUGGGCCUCCCAGUUAUCACCAUUCCAGAGGAACUCUUCCUGAAAAGUGAUGGUCGGAUCAAAUAUAUUUGGAACAAGGACAGUAUUAUAAUUAACAUUCCAUUGCCUUUUGGUGGAAGAUCAUCACAUGACAUAAAGAUACCAAGGAGUGUAAAAACACCUCCACUGGUAAUGCAAUCAGUGGGACUAAACGUACCAUCCAAGGAGUACAGAAUUCCACCAUUUACAAUUCCGGAGUCCUACCCACUUCAUGUGCCUCUCCUUGGCACUUUAGAUAUCUCCACAAACCUCUACAGCAAUUAUUACAACUGGUCUGCUGCUUACAAACUGGCAAACACAACAAAGACUAUACCAAGCAUGAGAACAAAUUACCACAUGACUGCUGAUUCUGUUUUUGAGCUACUUUCAUUCAAUGUACAGGGUAAUGGAGAAAUAUCAUCUGAUAACCAUAUGUUCACCUACACGCAUGAAAAUUCCCUGGAACACAUACUCCUAAGCUCCAAAUUUAAAUUCUCCAAGACUAGGAAGUAUGAACCCACAUUCAGUUCAAAAGACACCAUUUCACUUCAGGCAUCUAGCACUCUGGGUGCUCAGCUCUCCUUCAUUAGUGAUAUGGACUUCAAAAAAGAAAGUAGCGUGGGAACCAGUAACAUGAGGAUGGAAGGACAGGUGCAAGUCGCUUCAGUCUUUGCAAGAAGCACUUACACUCUCACAAGUACCUACAAUGAAAACAGCCAUGAGCUAGCGGGUGACUCAAAUCUGAACCUGGACUCUUCUUAUCUUCAAGCUUCUAACCAGAUGACUGGCAGAUAUAGCAAUGAUGUGUUUUUAAUUAAUUCAGUCUCUGAUGUACAGAGCGGUACCUUAAGAAACACAGCCUCACUGAAGUAUGAAAAGAGCCACCUGAAAGUGAUCUCUGAAACAAAUGGAAGAUACCAAAACCUGGCAGGUCUCAACAAAUUUGAAUUAACUUUGGCAAAGCGGGGGGCUGCACUUCGUAGUGAGUUCCAAACCACCUACAAACAAAAUCGAUAUUAUGCCCUGCUUACAAGUUCUCUCGAUGCCCAGGGUUUUGUCCUCAACACUGAUGUCUCGGUGAACGAUCAGCGAAACCGAGCAGCCCACAAGUCCAGCUUAACUAUUAAUCAGGAUGGUUUGGCCAGCAGUGCAACCACAAACUUGCAGUUUAGUCCACUGAUGCUACAGAAUGAAAUGAAUGCUAGACUGGGUAUUUCUGGAGGCUCCCUGAUGGUUUCUUCUUCUGGACGGUAUGGUAAACACAAUGCAAAAUUCAGCAUAGAUGGAAGAGUGGCCCUAAUGGAAAUAGCACUGGGAAGCGUAUACCAGAGCACAGUCCUGGGUGCAGAUAGCAAAAACAUCUUCAACUUUAGAGUUAAUAGAGAAGGACUCAAGUUCUCCAAUAACUUAGUAGGAUCAUACAAGGAAAUGAAGCUUGAGCAUGUUAAUGAGCUGAACAUCCCUGGCUUCUCUUUAGCAUUCGUUUCAAAAUUAGACAACACUGUCAGCGCUGACAAGUCCCACAAGCAUUCUUUUGACCUGCAACUGCAGCCCAGAUCACUCACAGCUAAACUGAACAAUGAUAUAAAAUUCAGUGAAUUUGACAUUACCAACAAAGCAGAGCUACGACUAGAGCCACUGAAGCUGAACCUGGGUGGCAAUGUGAGAGGAGCUUACAGAACAAACGAAGUCAAGCAUACAUACACCAUUACUUAUGCUGAUCUGGCAGCCAGUUUCAAAACGGACACGCUUGCAAAAGUUCAAGGCACAGCACUGAGCCACAGGGUAAACCUGGAGAUUGCUGGACUCGCUUCCUCCGUUACUAUGAACACAAACUGCGAUUCCAAACACCUACAUUUCACCAAUGUGGUACGGUCCAUAAUGGCCCCGUUUACUGUUACAACCGAUAUACACACCACUGGUGAUGGGAGUCUGAUUGCUAUGGGAGAACACACUGGACAGCUAUACAGCAAAUUUCUGUUUAAAGCAGAGCCCCUGGCUUUCACAAUGUCCCAUGAUUACAGAGGAGCCACUGGGCACACCCUGAAGUCGGGAAAAAAAUACACUACUGUACUUGAUAACAAAAUCGGUCUGCUUUUUACCCCAUCAGAGCAGUCAAGUGCCUGGAAGCUGAAAAGUCAACUGAACAAUAAUAUGUACACACAGGAGCUCAGUGCUUACAAUGAUGCAGAAAAAGCUGGCGUGGAACUGAGUGGGAAAGCAUUAGCAGACCUCACUAUAAUGGACUCCCCAGUUCAAGUUCCAUUCAUGUCUGAAAGAAUUAAUCUAAUCGAUAUGUUAGGCCUGAGGGACAGUGUUGAAGACCCUCAGGAAUUCAGCAUCUCUGGGUCUGUGAAGUAUGACAAGAACAAAGAUAUGCAUUUGAUUAACCUGCCAUUCCUGGAUCGCCUGCCAGUGUAUUUUGAACAAAUCAAAGGUGCAGUUAUAUCAACCCUGCGGUCUAUGCAAAAAUACUUAAGAAGCAUAAAUGUAGAGCAGCAUAUGAGAAAAUACAGGGCAUCUCUGGAUAAGCUCCCACACCGGGUUAAUGACUACAUAAACAAAAUAGAUUUAAAAAGCAGGGUUAACCGUAUGAAACAGACUUUGGUUGCAUUCACAAAGGAUUAUAAUAUAACAGCUGAUGACUUGCAAACUACAUUGGAAAAUGUCAUAAUCCAUUUUCAGGAUGCAGUGGUUCAGCUUCAGGCUUACUUGAUAAAAAUUGAGCAGUUCAUCAGAGAGAAUUAUGAUCAGUAUGACAUUCAAACAGCUAUUGCAAAGCUGAUUGACCAAAUAGUUGAAAGAAUGAAAAUUCUAGAUCAGCAGUACAAAAUCACUGUCACCAUGAUUAACACUCUCCAGAGCUUACAGACCACCAUUGCUCAGUAUGACCCUAGCACAUUAGGAAGCAGCACUUCAGCUUGGAUUCAAAAUGUGGAUGAUCAUUACAAAAUCCGAGUUCGGAUACAGGAAAAUCUAGAGCGACUCAGGAUUCUUAUUCAAAAUAUUGAUGUGGGAUGGAUUGCAGAAAACUUGAAACAGCAGAUACAGGCCAUUAACAUGAAAGAGGUUUUGGAAAAAAUAAAGGGUUCAUUUCCGGUUAAAAAGAUGAAUGACAUUAUUGAGCAAAUUAAAGAGAUUCUCCUCAAUUUCGUGGAGGAUUAUGAAGUGACUGAAAAGAUCAAUGCUUUCCGGGGGAAAGUGCACGAACUGAUUGUGAAGUAUAAACUUGACAAGCAGGCAUACCUGUUAAUGGAUGGGUUGAUAGAAAUGUCUAAUCAGUACAAAGUGAAAGAAUUUGUCCAGAAACUAACCAUCUCUCUGAAAAAAAUAGAUAUAAAAUCACUCUUUGACAAAAUUGUAUCUUUGAUUGAUGAUGCUGUCAAGCAAGUUCAAAUGCUUGAUUAUAAAAAGUGGGUAGAUGAAAUCAACACGUUCCUUGAUAUGGUUAUCAAAAAGUUCGUCUCUUUUGACUAUAACCAAUUUGUAGAUGACACAAACAACAAAAUCCGAGAAGUGACCCAAAAAAUCAAUGAGGAACUCAGAGCUCUAGAGCUUCCGCAGAAAGUAGAAGCACUGAAGCAGUAUAUAAAAGAAGUCAGUGUUGUAGUUUCACAAUUCAUACAACAGCUAAAGGACACCAACCUUGCAGUAAUGAUCACCUGGGUCAGAGACCUGCUAAACUCAACAGCAUUUAUGAGUCUGAAAGCCAAGAUAAAUGAACAUCUGGAAGACCUGCGAGAGAGGAUUUAUGAAAUGGACAUCACUAAGGAAUGCCAGAGGUAUCUUCAGAUGGCAAGCCAAUUCUACCAUACCAUUGUCACAUACAUUUCUGACCAAUGGAACAUUGCUGCUGAGAAAAUUGCUAUUUUGGCUGAGCAAUAUAAUGUGAAACACUGGGCUGAAAAUGUGAACCAGUUAAUUGAAACAGGUUUUAGAGUUCCUGAAAUCAAAACUGGCUUAAUCAACUUACCCUCCUUUGAAGUUAGUCUUCGAGCUCUACGGGAAGCAACUUUUCAAACACCAGACUUCGUAGUUCCAUUGACUGACCUGCACAUCCCCUCUUAUCAGAUAAACAUCAAGAAAUUAAAAGACUUAAAAAUCCCCAUGAGAUUUACCACACCAGAAUUCACUAUUCUAAAUACUUUUAAGGUUCCUUCAUAUACAAUUGACUUGAUUGAGAUCAAGCUACAGAUUGUGCAAACAAUAGACCAAAUGAUAUCCGGUGAAUUUUAUUUGCCAACACCUAUGUACUUCAGAGAUCUGAAAAUGAGCGAUAUGCCUUUUUCUGGCAUUUCCUUCCCAGAAAUACAAAUUCCUGAGCUACAGAUACCUGAAAUGUCAAUCCCUAAACUGAAUCUAAAUGAUUUCCAGAUUCCUAAUGUUCAGAUACCAGAAUUUCAGCUGCCACGUAUUCCACACACAGUGGCCAUCCCCACAUUUGGCAAGCUGUCCAGUGCUUUCAGAAUAGCCUCUCCAUUCUUCACUCUCUCUACUCAAGCUGGUGUUCAGAACACUACAGCAUCUGCAAAAAGUCCAGAAUUUGUGGCCACUGUUUCAGCUCAAGCAACGUCCAAGCUGGAUUUCUUUGCUUUCACAAUGAAUGCAGACGCACGUCUUUCAGCCCCAGAAAUGCAGCAGCUAAACCUUAAAGAAACCAUGAAGUUCACUCAUAGAUUCCUUAAAGCUGAUCACAAAGGUGAAGUGACAUUUUUAGGGACUUCUGUGGAGGGGAAAGCUGAAACCACAGCAAACAUACGGACUGCCAAGAAUUCAAUCGAAGUUCAUAAUAACUUAAUGGUCAAACUACAGAAAAAGAUUUCAAUGCAGAGCAGGACAACCUAUUCACACAGACUCAAUAUCCCACAGGCUGAUCUCUCCAGUCAGGCUGAGCUGAGCAAUGAUAUGACUACAGAGUUAGAAGCAGGACAUAUAUUAUUUACGUCUAAUGGAAGAGGAAACUGGAAGUGGGGUGUCUCUGAUUUCUCCGAUGAAGGUACCCAUGAAUCACAUGCCACUUUUAAAGUCGAGGGACCCCUUAUUGUAUUUGCUGCUGAAAACAAGAUAAAUGAUAAAUACUUGAAAGUCAACCAAAAUGUGAAUUAUGAAUGUGGUUUCCUAAAUUAUGCAAAGCUUCAAAUUAAAUCUGAGAUUGAGUCGCAGCACAUAGGGCGUAGUAUUCUGAACGUACAAGGUAAAGGGCAUCUUGGAGAAAUGAAAGUAGAACUAACAGGAUCUCAUAAUGCUCAGCUCAAUGGACAAAUUACUGGAGUCAUAAAUAACAAUAUUGCCUUCUUAGUCCAGCCUUUUGAAAUCCACACAUCUACAAACAAUGAGGUGAAUGUGAAAGUUAGCUUCCCAAUGAAACUAAUUGGCAAAAUUGAAUAUCUGUAUAAUUAUGGUCUGGUGCUUAGUUCUUCAGUUCAGCAAAUCAACUGGCAAGCUGGUGGCAGAUUCAAUCAGUAUCGAUGUGUCCUUAACGUGUCUGCUGGAAACGAUGAAGACAAAACUGACGCAUAUGUAGGGGUGAACGGUGAUGCCAACCUGGACUUCCUACUUAUUCCUCUAACAGUUCCUCAAUUUGAUAUUCCCCAUACUGGAAUGAAAACACCUCAACUGAAAGAAUAUUCGCUGUGGGAACAAACAGGACUGAGGAAUUUCUUGAAGACUACAAGGCAAUCAUUUGAUUUAAAUUUGAAAGUCCAGUAUAAGAAAAACAAAGACAUGCACUCAAUCCCACUUCCCCUAGAAGCAGUAUAUGAAAGAAUUAAUAAGUACAUCAUCUCCGUCAAUAAGCAUUUUGAGAAAGGAAGAGACAAUACAUUAGAUUUUCUCACCAGGUCAUAUAAUGAAGCCAAAGCAAAGCUUGACAAAUACAAAGUCGAGCCUUCACUCAGCAAGCUACGACGCACCUUCAGGAUUCCAGGAUAUACCAUUCCCAUUGUGAAUAUUGAAGUCUCACCCUUUACAGCUGAGCUGCCAGCAUUUGGUUAUUUGAUCCCCAGAGAAAUAAGCACACCAGGCUUCACAGUCCCACUUAUUGGCUUUUCAGUACCGUCUUAUACUCUAGUCUUGCCCUCUCUGGAACUGCCAGUGCUUCACGUCCCACAAGACCUGCGCACACUUAAGCUUCCGAACUUCAGAAUGAACAAUCCAAUAGAUCAUAUCCUGAUUCCAGCUUUGGGAAACAUUACCUGUGACUUUUCAUUUAAAUCCAGUGUGAUCACUCUGAAUUCAAAUGCUGGGUUGUUCAACCAAUCAGAUAUUGUUGCUCACCUCCGUGCCACCUCUCUUUCAUUCAUUGAGGCAUUGCAGUUUAAAUUAGAUGGUACAUCCAGCUUGACAAGGAAAAGAGGUUUGAAGCUGGCCUCAGCCCUGUCCCUGAGUAAUAAUAAAUUUGUGGAAGGAAACCACGACAGCACUGUUAGUCUUUCAAAAAAGAGUGUGGAAGCUUCACUGACAACAAAUGCAAAGAUCAACACACCAGUUCUCAAGAUGAAUUUCAGGCAAGAACUUACAGGAAAUACUAAGUCCAAACCCACUGUUUCCACCGUGAAUCAUUUAAGUUAUGCCUUUGAUAUUCUUGACUAUGUUGGCAAAGCUAAAGGUGCAAUUGAUCACAAGUUCAGUCUGGAAAGCCUUACGUCUUACAUUUCUCUAGAAACAGCCACAAAAGGAAACAUCAAUGGGUUAUUCUACACCCUAACUCCAUUUUCUGGAACAUUAAUCCAUGAAGCAAAUACCUACCUGAAUGCUAAUGGAGUUCGGUCCUCAGUCAAGCUUGAGACUAACUCUCAAGUAGAUGGAAUUGGGAAUGUGAACAUGAAAGAAAAUCUUGCUGUGGAAGUGUCUUCCCGUCGGAUUUACGCAGUCUGGAACCAUAAUGGGGAAAACCAUGUACGAUUGACCUCUGCUUUUACAACCACAGGGACUCAGAACACCAAAGUAAUCCUUGAAAUGUCUCCUUGGAGUAUGUCAACAACUCUUCAGAUACAAGCUACCCAACCAAAUUCCCUCAUGGAAACAGCUCUAGUUAAUCAUGUUGUUUUAAUGAACCUCAAUACUGAAAAUCAGAAGCUCAGCUGGAAGGGUGAAGGCCAAAUUCAUUCAUUGUAUCUGAGCCAUGAUACGCAGCUAUCAAAUGAAAACUCAAAGGCACAAUUUGAUAUUUCUGGAUCAUUGGGAGGACAUGUAGAUUUCCUCAAGAGCAUUGUGUGUCCAGUUUCUAACAGGAACCUGUGGGAUAUCUUAAAAUUGGACGUCACCACCAGCGCUGACAAAAGGCAGUACUUAAAUGGUUCAGUAUCCAUAGUUUAUACAAAGAGUGAAGAUGGUUACAGCUUCCCUAUAUACGUGAAUAAAUUAGCAGAUGGCUUCACAUUCACUAUUCCUGAAAUACAUCUGGAAGCUCCAGGUCCUAUUCUCACAACUCCAGAAUUUAAAGUUCCUUUCACAACUCUGCAAGUUCCCUCAUAUACCUUUGACUUACGCAACAUAAAAAUCCCACAGGAGCUAACCACAAUGCCAUUUAACAUUAGUUUGCCCUCUCUCCCACAGAUGAGCUUUCCAAAAGUAGAUGUAGGAACCAAUUAUAUCACACUGGAAGAAUAUAAAAUUCCAUACUUUGAGGUGACAAUACCUGAGUACCAAAUAACUGUGUCUCAGUUCACUCUUCCAAAAACAUUCUCUCUUGGAAACCAAAUUGUGGAUCUGAAUGAAGUGGCCAAUAAGAUUGCAAACUUUGAUCUCCCAACAAUUACAAUUCCUGAGCAGAAAAUUGAGAUUCCACCUUUAAAAAUAUCCUUGCCUGCUGGAAUUUAUAUCCCUGCAUUUGGUGCUUUGACUGGAUCUUUCAGAGUCGCCUCACCUUUAUACAAUGUCACCUGGAAAACAGGCCUAAAAAAUAAUAAGGACUCGUUUGAAUAUUCCCUUGAUUCCACUUCGAGUUCAACACUACAGUUCCUGGAAUAUGAUCUUGAUGCUGUGUCAACCUGCAGAUAUGAAGGAGAAGUGUUUGCUGUAAAGACAAUAAGCAGGUUUUCACAUCCUGACUUGAGUGCUGUAUAUAAGGGAGAUUUUGCUAUGCGAGGAAUUAGAGUCCCGGACCACUCUGCAGUACUGGACAUCACCAGCCCAACCUUUAUCGAUGUUCAUGUGCAGUAUAAUGGAACUAAGAACAAGAUCUCUUCAUCGAUAUCUUCACCAUCUGCUGGCACCCUGGGUUCAUUUUUUGAGAUGGAUGAUAAUCUCCUCAGGCAGAAAUUGUACUACCGGAGUCAGUCUGCCCCUCAUAGAGAUAUUGACAUACUAAAAGGUGAGAUAUCAUUCAAGAAACGUGACCUGAUUCAGAUUAAAAUAAAUUGGAAAGAGGAUGCAGCCCCAAACAUGCUGAGGGGUCUAAAAGAAAAGAUCCCUAAAAUUAUAGAUGCAGUCUACAACUGUGUUAACAAAUACCACAGGGAGCACAUGGGGAUGGACAUGAGUGCUGCCACUUUACAGGCAAAGAUCCUAAUGCAAAACAAUGCUGACAAAGCGUACCAAAUUGCUAUAAAGCAAGUAGAUGAAAUAGAUCUUCAGCUUCGUACAGCAGCCAGCCAGGCCACUGAAAAAUACCAAGAGAUGAAGGCAAAAACCCAACAGUUAUAUAAGAAAGCAGCAGAUCAAGCUGCUCAGAUUGACUACCAACAAAUCACAGCAAAGAUUUUUGAUACAACCAUAGACAUAAUAAAAGAAUACCACAUCAAGGUAAAGCACCUGAUUGACUCAUUCAUUGAAUUCCUGAAGACCACCAAAUUCCAGGUCCCUGGACUGACUGACAAACUUACAGGUGAAGAAUUAUAUGCAAUGUCUACAGAGAAGGCAGCAAAAGUUAUUGAUCAAUGCAUUUUAAAACUGGCAGAAUAUUUUGAUGCUUUGAUUGUAUUGAUCAGUGAGCUGGAAGUUAAAGUUCCUGUUUCUGAAAGAGUGAUCAAAGGUCAUGAUGUGGUGGAAAAAAUUAAGGAAAUGCUUAAAGAUUUGCAGAAACAAGUUAGACAGGUAUUUACUAGUCUUAAAGGGGCUGACUUUGCAGAAAAGCUCGAGAAACUUAAACAGUUUGUGCAAGAAGUCUUCCAGAAAGUGGAAGAACUUAUUAGAAACCUACAGUCCAAAAACUUUGACGAUAUCAAAAUCCAAACUCAACAGUUGUACAAGGAUGCCAUCAACUCAAGCUAUGCAAAAAAAUUAAAAUCCCUAUCUGGGGCUUUCAAAGAAUACCUCUACCAGGUAAAGGAUUUUAACCAAAAGGUGUUCCAGGAGCUUUCAGAGAAGCUGCAUCAUAUACUUACCUACAUAAAGAUACUGAGGCAGGAAUAUUUUGAUCCAAGUAUAAUAGGAUGGUCAGUCAAAUACUAUGAAGUAGAAGAGAAGGUGAUAGAGUGGCUGAAGAGUCUGAUAGAUACACUGAAGGACUGGCGUGACAAGUUCAUUGAAGAUAUUACUGACAUGGCUGCACAUCUGAUUAAUCAAGGAAAAGAUUUAGGUGAAAAGCACGGCCAGGUGUAUUAUGACCUGCUUACAGAUACUGAUGGAAAGGGAAAAGAGAAAAUCAGGGAGCUCUCUUCUGCUGCUCAGGAAAAGAUACAGCAUUGGUCUGCAGCUGUUAAAAAGGGUGCUGCUGAGCAACACAAGCAAGUCAAAGCAAAACUGCAGGGCACCUAUGACCAACUUCUUCUAUCCUAUGAGUGGGUAAUUACAGAGACAAGAAAAUUAAUUGAUGUGGCUAUUGAAAGUUAUUCCACAGUCAUUCAGUACAUCACAGAGCUUCUCUAUAAGUUGGAAAAGUCAGCUGCAGAAAGCCUCAAGGCCUACAUAGCCGUUCGCCCAGGAGAGCUUAGAAUAGAUUUACCCAAACCAUUUAACUGGCAAUCAGUGUCUAAAUUUGCCCAAUUAAGUGAGGAGGCACUGAGGAAAAAAGUGGAACUAACACGCACAUUAAUGCAGCAAGGCAUUGAACAAGGCUCUAAGAAAUGGGAAGAACUGCAAAUAUUCAUUGACCAACAGCUUGCUGUUGACCAACUGAGUGUUCAGCAGAUAAUGGAAAACCUACAGAAGCUCAUAAAAACCUGAAUGGACAUGCAGAAGAACAAAAAUACCAAGUUUGUGUGACAAUGUAUUUAAAAAUGACAGUAAUUAGCAUAUUGGAACUUAGGGAAGAUACUGUCUGAAUUUGAAUUUGUAAAUGAAAAACAAUCUAGAGCAGGUUAUUUUAAUACAUUUAGAAAGCCAAUAAAUGAAUUCUUUAUUACAUUUUUGUGUCAUUCAUUACAGCCUUGGGUCAUAUAACCUGAUCCAACCAUCAUUAUGGUCAAAGGAAGUCUUUGCCCUGAUUUCAGUAUGUGUUGGACCAAGUCAAUAUUGUGCAAUACAUUUUGUAAAUAGUCAUGAAAGCUAUGGAAUACAUAGAACAAGUAGGGUUCAAGAUAAAGGUCACAUUCAUGAGCCACUUAAAAACAACUUGGAAAUAUUAAUAUUCCUAGUAUAGGAGUUAACAGCAAAAGUACUCUCCUCACUAUGCCAAGGGAAAAAGAGAGAAGAAUAUGUGCCCUGCAAAGAAAGCAAAGAAGAAUAUGACUGAAUUCUACAAAUAUGGUCAAGAAGGAAAAAAUUAAUUCCAUUGUCAGGAGAGGCAAAUAGUAUUACUCUAUUAAAUGCAAAUGAUAAUGCAUGUAUUUGUCAGUAUUACUGAGAAAAAAAUAUGCCAUAAAUGUUAGGAAAAAUAAUUUUGUUCUGGGCUAAUUUUGUAACCCAGAAAUGUGGGGACAGGGGGAUAGGUUUGCUUGGGUUUUUUUCACCUCCACAAAAGUUCAGGUUUCACAUCAAAUUGUAUGACUGUGAUUAUUUUAAUUUCACAAGUUUCACUGACAUUGAUCUCCAUCGGAGUCAAAAAGAGUUUUCCAUUGUCUUCAGUAGGCUUUGGAUUGGGCCUUGUAUGCGAGAAAUUCCAAAGUUUGAAAUUUAAAUAGAAAUGUUGAAGGCUUCACUCAAAAAUAGGACCAUUCCCAAAUGGAAAAUGUGUGGGUCUAGUAAGUUAUUUAGGUUUACAUGCAGCUGUUAGAAUGUUAUGUUGAUACUCCUUUAAAAAGGUCCAGGAGAGGCUGCAAUAAUGGGCUUUCUACUCUUUGUUGCCUCUUUGAGAAUAAACUCUUUACGAAAUGUCACUAGAAACUUUGUGAGUACAUUUAUUUUGAUGUAAUUUAUUCCUUCCAAUUUUUGUUUGCUUGUUUGUUCAUAGGAAAGCUCUCAGGUUUCUUGUAAGCCAUGUUUCUCGCCCAUAUCUACCUAGUCACACUUCAUAUUCUUUCAGAGUAUGGUCACACAUACAGUUGGAGCCAUUUCGAAAGGGCAGCCGUUGUUGUAAUUUAAUUGUUACAUGUAGACAAGCCAAGAAUGAUACAAGUGUAGCAAAACCGCUCCAGCUUUAACACUGCUUCGUCCAGUGUUAGAGUUGGAGCAGUUUUGCUACAUGUAUAUCAUUCUGGGUUUGUCCACAUGUAAGAAUUACAAUAUAACAGCUGCUUUCCUUUUGAAACAUUGCGCUUGUGAAACUGUUCCAAAUGUAUGUGUGUCAAUACUAUUACAGACUGGGCUCAUCCAUCGGUUAACUGCCUGGUGUGCUAUUAGUGGAGAAAAUCCUUCAUGACUGAUGUCUCGGGCUGGCUAAACUAACCCUGAGAAACACCAACUCAGCCAAAGCUGCCGAAACGCAUACACCUGUCGAGCAGCAGGGAGGGAAAGGCUGGCCCUUCGAAAGUAAAACUUCCUCAGCUCCAGCAUCAGGUCCGGUGCUGCCAGGGAUCCCAGCCAGGAUACAUCAUUCGAUAAUGCUCGGGGUUGAAUCCCUUGAGAACUGCUAAAGGAGUUGUGAUUUUGAAUUGAAGUAACCUACACCUAUCCUCCUGCCUUUCUCAGUCCCUGAAAAUAGGGAAGAUCACAGCUGUAACAAUCUGUUUAGUCCUUCUCCUGAGAU